ACCGAGAGGCCGGCGGGGGAGGCCGCCUCUCCGCCGCUCGUUACAAUGUUUGCAGCGCCGGAGCCCCACUAGGCUCGCCUCGCAGGCGCACCAGCCCGGGCGGGGGCAGGCGGGGGUGUCCCGCGGCAGCGGGGCUUGUCCGCAGGGUCUCGGCUGCUGCCACAGGGCAGAGCCGGGGAGCUGCAGCGAGGCGAGCGGGCGGCGCUCUCUGCCGCCUCCUUGCCGGGCAGGAGCGGGGGUGCCUGGGCUGGAGGAGAUGCUGCUGCUGCUCCCCUUUGCCUCCCUCCCCGGGCUCUUCUGCAGACUCCAGCCAGCGCCGCUGCGCGGGGAGGGUGAAGGCUCAGGGUCCUCGUCUCCAUCACCCCCCUGCACGCUGGGCUUGGGGCUCUAGACCGGCGGGUAAUAUGCAUGUGUCGCUGGCUGAAGCCCUGGAGGUUCGGGGAGGGCCACUGCAGGAAGAAGAAAUAUGGGCUGUAUUGAAUCAAAGUGCGGAAAGCCUUCAAGAGUUAUUCAGAAAAGCUGAUCCUACUGACCUGAGCUUCAUCAUUUCUCCAUGGUCUUUGCUGUUGCUUCCAUCUGGGAGUGUGUCAUUUACAGAUGAAAAUGUUUUCAACCAGGACCUGAGAGCAUUCACAGCACCAGAGGUUCUGCAGAACCAGUCACUGUCAUCCCUUUCAGAUGUUGAAAAGAUUCAUGUUUAUUCUCUUGGUAUGACCCUUUAUUGGGGAGCUGACCAUGAAGUCCCUCAAAGCCAACCUAUCAAGCUUGGGGAUCACCUAAACAGCAUACUGCUUGGCAUGUGUGAAGAUGUCAUUUAUGCCCGUGUGUCUGUACGGACGGUUCUGGAUGCCUGCAGUGCCCACAUAAGGAACAGUAAUUGUGCACCUUCUUUCUCAUAUGUGAAACAGUUGGUUAAACUGGUUCUGGGAAGCCUCUCUGGGGUCGAUCAGCUUUCCUGCAAUGGAGAAAGAAAAUUACAGACAGACAGAAGCCAGGCCAUUCGGGAUAGGCUGAGAGGGAAGGGACUCCCCACAGGACAAAGUUUAAUGGGUGAUGCAUCAGAAGUACACAAGGCUCAAUUCUCUCAACAGGCCAUGCUGAACAAAGGGCUCAGUAAAUCUAUGGGAUUCCUGUCCAUCAGAGGAGCACAAGGCGAGGAAGACUUUUUCCAAAGCAUAUCCUCAGAUUACUACUCUGGACGAGAAGAUGCUUGCGGUCCUUAUCGGUGUAGAACGGAUGACUUGGGGGGAAAAAGUAACGUUGGAGCAGACAGUGCUCCCAAACAGAAGGUUUGGGCUUCCUCCACAGACUUGCUGUGUACAACUAACAAAGCAACUGAGACAGACCAUUCUGCAGAGUCUCACAGACACAACAAUCACUAUGAGACAGUUACGGUACGGACUUCAACUACCGCUAGGAACAAGGAAUCAAGGUAUUCUGAUGGAAGCAUAGCACUGGAUGUCUUUGGCCCUCAAAAACUGGAGCAGGUGCGCCCCGUGCCAGAGUCAUCCACCUCUGCAGCAAUAUCCUGUGCCUUUGACCGAAUCAGAGAGAGACAGAAGAAAUUGCAGGCUCUGAGGGAAGCCAUGAACGUAGAAGAACCGUUGAGAAGGUACAGAUCUUACUACAGCGACGUCUAUAGUACCUCCAGUGAAAGUCCAUCCGUUACUUCUUCUGAGCCAGAUUGCAGACAAGUGACAAGAAAUGAGGGUUUAAAGAGAGAUGACUCUGGUACUGCUUUACCAGGAGCUGAUGAUAUCUCUCCAUCCAGUCAAGUUCAUCCUCUAAGGUCAAGUAGGCAGUAUGAAGCAGCACCUGAAGGCAACCUGAUAAGCCAAGAAAUAAUGUUAAAGCGUCAAGAAGAGGAAAUGAUACAGCUGCAGGCUAGAAUGGCUCUUAGGCAGUCUCGACUAAGCCUCUACCCAGGAGACCUGGGUAGGACGUCAAUGCUGGACAUCACUAGAGACCCUCUUAGAGAGAUAGCGUUGGAAACAGCCAUGACCCAAAGAAAACUGAGGAAUUUCUUUGGCCCCGAGUUUGUGAAAAUGACCAUUGAGCCUUUCAUCUCCUUGGAUCUACCAAAGUCAAUCUUGACUAAGAAAGGGAAGAACGAGGAUACCAGGCGGAAAGUAAACAUAAUGCUUUUAAGUGGGCAGAGGCUGGAGCUGACCUGUGAUACCAAAACUAUUUGCAAAGAUGUUUUUGAUAUGGUGGUAGCCCAUGUUGGUUUAGUGGAGCAUCACUUGUUUGGCUUGGCUAGCCUAAAAGACAAUGAAUUUUUCUUUGUUGAUCCUGACUUAAAACUAACUAAAGUUGCUCCGGAAGGAUGGAAAGAGGAACCUAAGAAAAAGAGCAAAGCCACAAUCAACUUUACCUUGUUCUUUCGCGUUAAGUUUUUCAUGGAUGAUGUCAGUCUUAUACAGCACACUCUGACAUAUCACCAGUAUUAUCUACAGCUACGGAAAGAUCUUCUGGAGGAAAGGAUGCACUGUGAUGAUGAGACAGCUUUACUGCUGGCAUCUCUGGCCCUCCAGGCUGAGUAUGGAGAUUACCAGGCUGAGGUGCAUGGCAUGUCCUAUUUUAGACUAGAACAUUACCUACCAGCUAGAGUGAUGGAGAAACUAGACCUAUCCUACGUCAAAGAGGAGCUGCCCAAGUUGCAUAGCACUUAUGUGGGUGCUUCUGAAAAAGAAACAGAGAGAGAAUUUUUGAAGAUGUGCCAGAGGCUGACAGAAUAUGGUGUUCAUUUUCAUCGGGUGUUGCCUGAGAAGAAAUCCCAAACUGGAAUCCUGCUGGGAGUGUGUUCCAAGGGAGUUCUUAUUUUUGAAGUUCACAAUGGAGUCCGCACACCUGUACUUCGCUUCCCGUGGAGAGAAACAAAGAAAAUAUCCUUUAGCGGUUUGCCAGAUAAGGGAGGAGUCCACACCAACCCAGCUGGCAACAGGAUCUUCAGGAAAAAGAAAGUAACUCUGCAGAAUGUGUCAGAUGGUAUAAAGCAUGCAUUCCAAACUGACACGAGUAAGACUUGCCAAUACCUCCUGCACCUCUGCUCUUCCCAGCACAAAUUCCAGCUACAGAUGAGAGCCAGACAGAGCAACCAAGACAUUCAGGACAUUGAGAGAGCAUCAUUUAGGAGUCUGAACCUUCACACAGAGUCCGUUAAAGGAUUUAACAUGGGACGUGCAAUCAGUACAGGCAGUCUGGCCAGCAGUACUUUGAACAAGCUCCGACCUUUGUCAGUUCAAGCUGAAAUUCUGAAGAGACUCUCCUGCUCUGAGCUGUCACUUUUUCAACCACUUCCUGGCUGCUCCAAAGAGAAGAAUGAGAAAGCUUCAUGGGAGGAAAGACCCAGAGCCAUGAGCAAAUCAUUUCAUGAUCUGAGUCAGAGCCAGAUCUCUAUUUACCCCCAUCGGAAAAAUGUUAUCACCGCUGUGGAUUCCUCUCCACAGAAAAUGGAGGAGCUGAUAGGAAGAAUCUUUCAACAGAUGCCAAAAUCUGAAGCUGGGUCAAUGGCUGGAGCAAUGAAACCGAACAAUUCAAAAUCUCUUGCAGGUUUAAAUAGAAGCCUUGAAAGGAGGAAAAAUGAAUCAGACUCAUCAUCCAUUGAAGAUACUGGUCAAGCUUAUGUUGUAGGUAUUAGCAUGAAUAGUUCUGGAAAUCCUCCAUCAGCGCCACUGAAAGAAAAUGUGUCCUUGCCAGAAAGGGAGAUCACCUUGGUGAAUCUGAAAAAAGAUGAAAAACAUGGCUUAGGAUUUCAGAUCGUUGGUGGGGAGAAGACUGGAAAACUUGAUCUGGGAAUUUUUAUUCAUUCAGUAAUUCCUGGAGGGCCAGCUGACUUGGAUGGGUCCUUAAAACCAGGAGACCGUCUAAUAUCAGUGAACAGCGUGAGCUUAGAGGGUGUCAGCCAUCAUGCAGCAUUAGAAAUUCUGGAGACUGCUCCUGAAGAUGUGACACUUGUCAUCUCUCAGCCCAAGGACAAACUUUCCAAUGUGUCAUCUAUAAAUCUUGCCAAUGGAACAAAGGGUUAUUUAAGGAGGCCUUCGUCAAUGCAGGACAAUGAGGCAGAAUCAUCUUCAGAGGAACACAGCAGAUCCCAAGGUCACCAGAGGCCCAUCUCGGGGAGUUCAUCUGGAUUGUCUGUGGGCAAACGGGACAGAAGCCUGAGCUCCCAAGAUUCCAGGACUGAAAGUGCCAGCCUGUCUCAGAGCCAAACAAAUGGCUUCUUUGGCAACCACACUGGUGACAGAGCCCAGCAGGGUUUGCAGCACUGCAGUGAUUCUCAGUCUGCCCUUUCCAAAACUAAUGAGAAAAAAAGGAACUCUGCGGACGGCAUCCAGGCAAAAGCGAAAAGGCCUGGGGUAGUGGAAACCGUGGAUUAUUCUGACCGAGGGGAUUCUGACAUGGAUGAAGCAACUUACUCUAGCAGUCAGGAGCAACAGGCAGCUAAAAAGGAGUCUUCCUCAGUGAAUACAGCAAACAAAAUGAAUUCUAAAAAGCUUUCCGCAGCACCUCUUAAACCUGGAGAUAUCUUUGAGGUCGAACUAGCCAAAAAAGAUAGCGGCUUGGGAAUAAGUGUCACGGUACUGUUUGACAAGGGUGGCAUAAACACCAGUGUAAGACAUGGUGGCAUUUAUGUGAAGGCCGUUAUUCCUAAGGGAGCAGCUGAGGCUGAUGGUAGACUUCAGAAAGGUGAUCGUGUGCUCUCUGUCAAUGGGAUUAGUUUGGAAGGUGCUACCCAUAAACAAGCUGUGGAAACACUGAGAAACACUGGCCAGGUAGUGCAUCUGUUGCUGGAGAAGGGGCAGCUUCCAGUGGCCAAAGUUCAUGCUCCCAUUACACCACAGUGCACGCCUCCAAAUGAGGCAGGACAAAGUGAGCCCCAGAACAAACCAGAGAGAAAAAUGACAAAUACCAAAGACUACAGCUUUGUCACUGAAGACAACACAUUUGAGGUAAAGUUGCUGAAGAACAGCUCGGGCCUGGGGUUCAGUUUUUGUCGUGAAGACAACCUUACUCUGGAGCAAUUGGGCUCAAGCAUAGUGAGGGUUAAAAAGCUCUUCCCUGGGCAGCCUGCAGCUGAAAGUGGGCAGAUUGAAGUGGGGGAUGUCAUCCUGAAAGUGAACGGGGCUUCGUUGAAAGGACUAUCCCAGCAGGAGGUCAUCUCAGCACUCAGAGGAACAUCCCCAGAAGUCUCUCUCCUCCUUUGCAGGCCACCACCUGGUAUACUACCAGAAAUUGAUCCUUCUCUGUUGACUCCCAUACAUUCCCCACAACAAAUAUUUCCAGACAUUAGCACAGAAACUUCUGGUGCGUCAAAGGGAGAUCAAGGUGACAGCUCAGAUGAAAAUGAAGUGACCGAUAAGAGCAAGAAGCGACUAAAAUCCCCUUCUAGGAGAGACAGCUACAGUGACAGCAGUGGGAGUGGUGAAGAAGAGGUAGUGGUGACCCCAACACAGAUAGCAAGCCCUGGAUGGAAUUCUGCGCUGUACCAAACUCUAGACAAAAUGAUGGCUCCAGCACACACUCAGUAUGAAAAUCCUUGUAGCCAGGAAGAAGCAAUUCGUACCAUCUACUACUCUGCUCAUGAGACUCCCUGCAAGCCAGAGUUUGAGGACAGUAAUCCUCCGUCUCCUCUACCACUGGACUUGCCACCAAUACCAAGUUGUAGAACUAUUACCGAGAUUGCUACCCCUGGUUUAAUGGAUGAUGCCUACAUCAGUACCACCUCUGAGCUAGUUCCACAAAGAGAGAAAAUAACAUCACUGCUCAACCAAUUUGAGAAACAUGCUGAUGAAUAUGAACCAGAAGUGGAACUCCAUUUUACCAUGACUAAAUCAGAAAAAGGAAGCCUGGGCUUUACAGUGACCAAAGGCAAUGAUAACAUUGGUUGUUACAUUCAUGACGUUGUUCAGGAUCCUGCCAAAAGUGAUGGGAGGCUACGACCAGGAGACCGGCUUAUCAAGGUUAAUGACAUGGAUGUCACUAACAUGGGUCACACAGAUGCAGUCAGUUUUCUUCGAGCUGCGCCAAAGACUGUCAGAUUGGUGGUUGGACGUGUUCUGGAGUUACCAAAGAUUCCAGUGUUGCCUCAUUUGCUGCCUGAUAUUACAUUAUCAUGCCAUAAAGAAGAGCUGGGUCUGUCUAUAUCAGGAGGUCAUGACAGCCUUUAUCAGGUGGUGUAUAUUAGUGAUAUAAAGCCAAGGUCAGUUGCUGCUAGCGAGGAAAGUCUCCGUACGUUGGAUAUCAUCCAUUAUAUUAAUGGAGUCAGCACACAGGGAAUGACUCUGAAAGAAGCCAAAAGAGCCCUGGAAAUGUCACUUCCUAAAGUGGUGCUGAAAGCGACAAGAGAUGGUCACCCAUUGGUUCCAAAGUCCAGGGGCUCUGUUAGCUCAAGUCCAAAGUUAAUGAAAGCUAAUGGCCAUCCCCAUGGAGAUCACUAUGGCAAAACAGAAACAGCACCUGAUGUUUAUGUCACCAAGGUUAAUGGGGAAAGCGUGAUAGGAGUUUCUCAUGCAAAUGCAGUAAGCAGUAUUCAUCAGGCAAAAGGGCUAAUGAACUUCACUGAUUCUAGAAACAUGCCCUCCAGUGGUUUUACAAAUCAGAUAUCCGAUUUUUCCAAGAACAGUGAUCACUCAGAAACUGAGAUACUGGAGGAUGACUAUUUUGAUGAGGAUGACCACAAUGACGUUGUCCAGUAUCUGUUGAAUGUUGUAGACGAGGAAGCCCAGAACCUCUUAAAUCGCAAUAAUGCAACCAAAGGUGACCAUCUGCUAGCAGGUUCUUUAGAGACCAAUGGGAAGCUGGCAGAAGAAAAAGCUGAAGACACAGACUGUGAUGGGUCAUCUUUGCCUGAAGACUUUCCAGAGCCGACACAAAUAAAUGGUUGUGAAGAACAUUGUGAAGACAAAGUAGUGCCUGAAAGGUCACCUCAACAACCUCUGGUGGGACAAGCAGAUGAAGAUGAAAUUACAUGGGGAAGUGAUGAACUCCCUAUUGAAUCAAUAAAUCAGGAACAUCGAACUAAAGAUUGCCUUUUAGUGACAAAUGAAGAGCUCUCUGCACUCCCAAUUGUCAGAGUGCUUCCUUCAGGCAAAUAUACUGGAGCCAAAUUGAAGUCAGUCAUCCGAAUGUUACGUGGACUACUGGAACAAGGAAUUCCUUCCAAGGAGAUUGAGAACCUGCAAGACUUAAAGCCUUUGGAUCAGUGUUUGGUUGGACAAACUAAAGAGAACAGGAGGAAGAACAGAUAUAAAAAUAUACUUCCCUAUGAUACCACUAGAGUGUCCCUAGGAACUGAAGGUGGAUACAUCAAUGCCAGCUUCAUUAGAAUGCCCGUGGGGAAUGAAGAAUUUGUCUACAUUGCAUGUCAAGGACCACUCCCUACUACAGUAGCAGACUUCUGGCAAAUGACUUGGGAACAAAAGUGUACUGUAAUAGCCAUGAUGACCCAGGAAGUAGAAGGAGAAAAGAUAAAAUGCCAGCGCUAUUGGCCCGAUGUACUUGGCAAAACUAUCAUGGUCAAUGACCGACUCCGGCUGGCCCUUGUGAGAUUGCAACAGUUGAAAGGCUUUGUCAUUAGAGUGCUGGAGCUAGAAGAUAUUCAAACUGGUGAAUUACGGCGUGUUUCUCAUCUGAAUUUCACUGCCUGGCCAGACCAUGACACACCAUCUCAACCAGACGACCUGCUCACUUUCAUCUCCUACAUGCGGCACAUCCAUAAAUCGGGACCUAUUAUCACUCACUGCAGUGCAGGCAUUGGACGUUCAGGGACACUUAUUUGUAUCGAUGUCGUUCUAGGAUUAAUCAGCAAGGAUCUUGAUUUUGACAUCUCUGAUUUGGUGCGUACAAUGAGACUACAGAGACAUGGAAUGGUUCAGACGGAGGAUCAGUACGUUUUCUGCUAUCAGGUUGUCCUCUAUGUCCUGAAACAUCUCCAAGCUGAAGAACAGAAGAGAGGCAAAUAAAAUACCAGCGCCCGCAGUGCUUUUUUAAUUUAAAAAAAAAAAAAGGCAACAGAAGCAGAGGCUCCUGCGUAUUUUGUUGGUUCUGCCAAUAUUAUUCCAGUCCUUUUCUUCAUUCUCUGUCAGCCAUCUCUUCCGCGCAGUCUGUCCUUCAGGCCACUUAUAGUACAUGGUGAAGGGCAAGACAAUGCAGUACCACUACGCCCCUCCGUAGUGCUGGGGUUCCUUGUGUACCAGGAAAAAGAAUAUUUAAUAAAGUUGCAUUUUUGCAGCUUCCUUACUCUUUGAUAAAUUACUGAAGUAAAAACGUUUUAAUUAAAAAUUUCAAUAAUGCCUUCUGUGGGUAUGCAACUAUUUUUUAGCAUUUGUUUCUGCCGCAGUGGGAGGAGGGUGGGAAAAUAAGGCAGUAUUUUAUCCUGGUGGACUUUCCUACAGGGACAUUUUAUUAGUCUAUUUUAAAAGCUUGUUUAUAGCAGAUCUCUCUUUUUCAGCAUUUUGAUGUAGUAGAGCGAUUUUAUAGGGGAUACUUGAAAUCAGUGUUUAAGCUUUACAAGACGCCUGUUAGCCUAGAAAAGAGCAGUGAAUGUUUACUGUAAGUAUCACAGUUUAUAAUGUUUACUUCAUAAGCCUGUCAUGUAUAUAUUUAUAUACUUUUACACACAAAAAAAGCUGAAUUAUCAGGUGCCUAAACUUAUAACUGAUUAGGCAUUUCCACUGUGUAAAUAAAAAUACACUUUAAAAUGUA